CUUUUUACCUCUCACUUACCGCAUGGUAGCACGCAAUGCUUGUAAGUAGGAAAGAAUGAUUUCAGUGCGAAUCGCUGCGUAUCUGAGCGGCGCACGAGUAGCAGCACUUUCUUCAAUCGCAUAUUGUUCUUCGAUGUCUCGAUGCGAAGAAGUACGAGCGAUUUUGUGUGCGUUACAUCAGCUGAUUCAUCUGCUGUCAUCAGAAAACAAAAUCAAUCUGAAUAUUCCACGAAGUGAUGCAGUUCAGAUCGUUUGGAACAAUUUGGUUAUUGCUCCUGUCGAUUGCUUUCGUGUAUGCUGAUAUUAGCAAUUGGAAUGCAUGUAGUGGGCGAUUGGAGCGUGCUUUGGAUGCACUUCAGAAGGAUUCUACAAGAAAAAAUAAAUUGGACGAAGAAAAAGCUGGAACAUUAUACCAGCGAGAACUACGUUCUGUUCCUCUGGAAAUGUCUGUUUCUCGUAUGACUAUAAAGCUCCUGGAAAACACAAAAAAGCCGGGAAGCCAUUGGGCGCGAGUUGAACAAUGCAUGUAUGACUCCGAUAGUAAUUCUCUGAAAACACGCGUUAUAUUUAAUGACCUAUCAGUAUCUGCGAUAGUAUCACUAAUGUCUCGAAAUUAUCAUGUCCCAAUUUCCGCCGAAUCCUGUAGAAUGACAUUGAGAUUAAGACGAGCAGGAAUAGACUUUCAUACGAGUCCAAUCGCUCGUGGACGUGGUCAGAUGCGUAUACGUACGGAAUCCAGUUUUUUGGAGCCUAGAUUCGCUUCGAUUUAUGCAUAUGGAUGUCAUCCUACGCGCCUCAACAAACAAAUUAAACGACAAGAUAAAUGGCCGCCAUAUUAUAAUCCAAGCAGUGAACAGGUAACACCUACACUAUCGCUCGUGAAUGAAAAGUACGAUGCAGCGGAACCGAGAAAAUUAGCGGAAAUCACUGAAGAAACAGACGUUGUUAUACCCAAUGAUAGUCGAUAUUCAUCUUACCCUCAUAUUCUUGAAACAAAUUUUGGCGUAUGGAAGAAGAAUUCGUGGAUAACUAAAUCACCACUUCGUCAAAGACGUUCGACAGUAGCUCGACAUCAAUUCGGACAUACCGCAGCAAUUAUUACACCACAAAAGUUCGCAGAAACCGUUAUGAAUGAACGCGAACAAACGGAGAAGUUUGUAAACUUUACGAAAAUUUUUAAUUUAACCGAUAACAUACAAAGCAAAAAUUCAACGCAAAAUAUAUCCCGAGAAGUAAGAGAAUUCGUGAUGGAUGACAAUUUCGAUAAUCUAUUUCCUAUUGACUCAGAAGAUUCGAACAGAAAUUGGCAGUCGAAGGAAUACAUUACAAGAGAAAUGGAAGAUGUAUUUUUGCAAGGUGCUAGUCAAGUAUUGACUAGAUAUAUCGAAAAUCAAUUACACCCAGCAAUUAAAGAGACAUUGAUGCUGUCUAUGGGUUAUACUAUCAGUUACGGAUAA